AUGAUUGCUUUAUCCACGGUUCAAUCAUCCAAUGCAGCUAGUUCCAAGGAGCUCCCAUCAGGUCUAGUGGGAGUCUUCGUCGGUGCAACCAGCGGCAUUGGCAAAGCAACACUCUUACAGCUUGCAAAGUAUGCCCGGCAACCACGAUUCUAUUUCGUUGGACGCUCACAGAGUGCCGCUGAUGAGAUUCUACCUCAACUGAAUCAAAUCAAUGCUGAUGGCAAAUACGUAUUUAUCAAAGCCGACCCAAGUCUACUUAGUGUCGUAGACGAGGUGUGCCAGUCAAUACAACAGAACGAAACAAAGAUAGAUAUCCUCUUCCAGAGUCAGGGUACAUUGGAUAUCAGUACAGAAACAUCCGAACAUCUCCCACUCAUCAUGGCCCUAAGCUACUACUCCCGAAUGCGCUUCAUUGCCAAUCUCCUGCCCUUACUCCAAAAGUCACCUUUCGGUCGAGCAAUGAUUGUCAUGGCAGGUACAAAGGAAGGCCCCAUCAAUGCCAACGACAUUGCCGGCAAAAGAAUCCUCCCCUGGAAAGCAAGAGGACACCUCUGCUCAAUGAUCACCCUGACCCUUGAACAUUUCGCCAAGUUAGCUCCGGGGGUCAGCUUCGUACAUAAUUACCCGGGCUUCGUGGCGACACCGCUUGCAAAAUCGAUGAAGGGAGUCACUGGGGGUAUAAUGAGAUCUGUCUUCUACUUCACGGGUUUAUUUUCGACGAAGAACUAUAUUUCUCUUGAAGAGACGGGAGAGAGACAUUGCUUUUUGGCGACGAGUUCUAGGUUUGAGUCAAAGGAACGGUAUGGGGGAUCAAGUGGGAGGGAAGUGGCUGUUGGUAGUGAUGGGGUUGUGGGAAGUGGUGUUUAUAUUGUGGAUGAAGUUUGUGAAAGUGGUGGUAAAGAUGUACAGAAGCUGCUGAAUGGGGUUAGACAAGAGGGAACGCAUGAGAAGAUCUGGGAGCAUCUGCAGAGUGAAUUCUUGAGGGUGACAGGAAAGUCAACCAUACAGUGA